AGCGCACAACACUACCGCUCACUUUUUUCAACUAUUCACACCCCACUACUAAUAAUAAUAAUGGAGGAAAUUCAAAUUGUCGAUCUUGCUGACUAUCUCUCAGGAAAUGUUAAACAAGAAGAUGUUGAUAGAAUUUAUAAAUCAUUCCGUGAAACUUCUGCAUUGAUUAUUAGAGACCCUAGAGUCACUUUUGAAACUGCUUCUGAUUUUUUGGAUAUGAUGGAAGAUUAUUAUGCUCAACCAACUGAAGUCAAGAUGAAAGACGUUCAUCCAGAAUGGUCUUAUCAAAUUGGUGCCACACCUGAAAAAACUGAACGUCCAAGAGAUAACACCGAAUAUAUUGCCACUUCAUUACCAGAUGACAUUGAAAGCAAGCCAACUCCAACCAAGGGAACAGACCCUAAAUGGAGAUUUUUCCAUCCAGUAGGAAAUCAAAAUCCAGAAACUAAGUUCCCAGGUCUCAAUCAACCAAAUGUAGUCCCAGAAGCUUUCAAGGAUAUUUGGAUGGAAAAGAUGGACAGUUGGGCCAACAAUAUGGUCAAUGCAGUUGGCACUGUCAGUGAAAUGUUGGCAUUAGGUUUAGGACUCGAAAAGGAUAAAUUGACCAGCUUGUUAAAGUAUGGUAGACAUUUACUUGCUCCAACUGGUUCUGACCUCAAUAAGUAUAACGAAUUGGGUACUGUUCUUGCUGGUUUCCACUUUGAUUUGAACUUUAUUACCAUUCACUCUGCUUCUAGAUAUCCAGGCUUGUUCAUCUGGCUCAGAAGUGGUAAAAAGCUCCAAGUUAAAGUCCCAAAGGGCUGUUUAUUAUUGCAAGCUGGUAAGCAAUUGGAAUGGUUGACUGGUGGUACCAUCAUGUCUGGAUACCAUGAAGUUGCUGUUAUUCCAGAAACUUUAGAAGCUGUUGAAAGACAAAAGCAAGCUGGUCGUCCAUUGUGGAGAGUUUCUUCUACCUUAUUCUCACACGUUGCUGCUGAUGAAGAUAUUGGUCCAAUUAAGGAAGAAUGGAAAUCUGAAAAGUAUCCAUCUGUUUUAUGUGGUGACUAUGUUAUCUCAGAAUUGAAGGCUAUUAACUUGAGUAAAUAAAACUUUUUUGACGUGAA